AUGCCCCUCCUCGCCGGCUUUAGUAUCAUAACUUUCCUACUAUUCUGUGUCUUUCUGUCUCUAUUUCUUCUGGUAUCGGUACCUCUUACGGGAACACUCGUGCGUUUGAGGGCGAAUUACAAUCCUAAGGGGCUGCAAUUGGACCCUGAAGAUGGUGUUCAACCGCAUACUGGCCCGGUCGUCACAGGCUUCUUUACCAUGAUGGGCAGGGUGCGAAGGCUAGAGGGUUGGGCAGGACUGUACAAAGGAUUGAUGCCUACACUUUUGUCCAAUGUAGCUCUCAUGCUAUUUUCGGUGCUGUUCCUCGAUGCAUCUCCUUCGAGCCCUCGCAAUCACGGUGUUUACAACGCACCGAACACAAGUCCAUUGGGCGUUGUCGCUUACUCCGCAUUCCUAAUGUUCAUCUCCCUGCCUGUUGUCAUAAUCACAUAUCGGGCAGUCACUACUCCACACCGUCUGCCUUACCUCGGACCUUUUUACUCCCUGAGGAUUCUACUCACGCCGACCGAGCGUCGCCGACCGUGGAUCCUCUACCUUACCCCCGGCCUUCUCCCUGCUGAAAUCUUGCAUAUUGUUUAUGUUGUGCUCGGCCUUCGCACGCUGAGACACCUGCUCCUCCCCGCCUUGUCGGGUCCAGAGCCGCCUCGUCCCGAAGACAUUUCGACCACUAAACUCCUCAUCUAUCUUGUCUUCGUGAUAAUGAGCACCAUUAUAUUAUGCCCUCUGGAGGUUAUUGCCACCCGAUUGGCCGUCCAGCGCAACCACGCUUCUGCAGAGUACAAUUCAGUCUCUCAAGAAGAAGAAGAGGAUGUCGAUGAUGUAGCAGACUACUACGGCGCAGAAGAAGACGUAAUUGGACUGAGAAGUGAGAUGGAUCCAUACCUCGGUCUCGUUGACUGUGGAAAGAGAAUUCUGAUUGAGGAAGGAUGGCGUGCUCUCUAUCGGGGAUGGUGGAUCACGUUGUUGUUUGGUUCAUUCGGUGCUUUCUCGUAAACCAGGUCCGGGUCCAUUGCUAUAUUCUUGUAUAUAUUUCAAGAAAUGGUGCAGACUGAAAAUACAGCUAUCAUAACCAUCAUCCAUUCUUG